AUGGAAGCCCGCGCCGUGUGGUCAACUGGCCGCGACGCGGGCCGCACCUGGUUUUUACGUGCAGCACCUGCCUGCGCAUUCUUAAUUCUGAUUCUCUGUUCCUUCGUCUGUCUCUUCCGUGAAUCCAGUGCGGAAGAACUGGCAACGACGCCGGCGGCAGAGGCGACAAGAGCGCAUCCCCGCCAUGUGAUGGCCGAUAAUUCUGUGAAGGGGACAAUGAAGCCGUUGCGGGCUCGAAGGAACCGAGUGAUAAAAAAGGAAGCCAUUUGGAAGGAAGGGAAGCUGCUCACGACGCCUGUGACGUCAGAGGAGUCGGAGACGAAGCUACUGUCUCAAGGCCACAAUGUUGCCGCCAUUAGGGCAAGAAGCUCUAUCCCAGCUUCUCAGGCGCUGUCCUUCAUCGACUCGCUGCGCCCGGGACCGUGGAGUGGACAAGCAUCAGGAUAUUUGAACGCUGGACCAGACUGCUACAAUCUGGUUACUGAACCGGCGACGGUGCCAAGAGGAUUGUGCACGGAGACGUGCGUCCUAGUCUGGGAAGGGGGGCAAACCCGGCAUGCGACAUGUCACGACAGGGAGGCUUGUUUCUGGCGUGAGUUCAUGACGCGUGAGGUGCAAGCUGCGCGCGCUGGGAUACCCCGCAAAUUUGCUUCCCAAAUUGCCAAAGAGUGCGAUUUCGAGACGAAAUCCCCGCACCUUCCCCUCGCUCAGUUUGAGCACAUGUUUCUUUUGUCGGCAACGAAUGUACAGAACAACUCCCGCUGGGAUGUCGCGGCAGUCUGCUCAGACAGCCAACGCCUGGCUGUCGCUGGAGCGCUUGUUGGGUCGAAAGAUGUGGUUCGGGGCGUUGCUUCCGAGGUGGACGGUUGCGAAAGCGUGGAUGUAACCAGUCAAAUUAAGCAACUCUGCGCACACGCAAUACAGGAUUCACAACAGAGGUGCGUCAUAGGACCCGACGUGUUCUCCGAGGUCACCUCUAAAUUUUCGUGUGCUACCAACGAGACGCCCUACCUUGCCCUCUACGUCAACUGCGUCCCCGUUAAAGUGGCAGACGAAAUCGGAUGCAAGCUCUACACACCCGCGACUGGGCUACCAAGUCCAGGAGGGUGCGAGUGUCCAGCGGGAACCGAGCAAUGCGUACUGAAGGAGGCGUCAAUGUAUACAGAGGUUGCCAUUGGCGUGGCCUCUGGGUUCACUGUUCAUGCCAAGAACGGUCGCGGCUUUAAAAAUGGCGACUUGACGGCGUUUAAGUCACCUUCCUGCACGGGCUAUUCAGUUAGGGUGGCAUGCAAGAAGGCGCCUUCCUCGACAUCAAAAGGAGACCCGGCAAAGACCAGUUGGCUGGACAGGGGACCAGACUGCUAUAGUCCAACGGAUUCGAACACUGCGCAGAUGUGCAAGUUCGCGUGUCUGAAGCUAUGGAAUCCUACGGAUGAUAGCCUGGUCAACGUACACACCCCUUUUGACGACUUCAUGACACGCCUUUCUUCCGGGGACUUGACAGUGCCGGAGCUUACUGACGACGGAAAUACAACCAUUCGCAGCUGCAAGUGGGAAUACAAAACAUGGACGGCAACUGGGAAGCUGAAAAGGCUGUGUACGGACUCCAGGAAACCGCAGAUCGUUCGAGCCUUCGUUGGAUGCUCAGAUUCGCUCCGUUACGGGAAGGAAUCGAACAAUUGCAACUACCUAGACAUCACGAACGAACUCACCAUGCGGUGCGGUUCGGCUUUCACCAACGGCACCGCAGGAUGCACUUUGCACCCAGAAGAACUCCUUUCGGAAGAUGAUGCUUGCCAGAAGUCAUGUACCGACCAAUGGGGUAUCCAGCUCUAUUACUCCUGUACUCUCGAAACCUCAACUUCCCUCUGCAGCCUGAACCAAACCAUGACAGGAUUGGAUGAAUCGGAAAAUGAAUAUGCUUGCGGCUGCCCGUACCUAGCGGACAUGUGCGACUUGGAAGAAGCCGAAGCCAAUGAUUCGUGGAAAGACACCGUUCGUGGCUUCACCGUCGCCAUCCUUAAGGGGAAUUUAACCUACGGGUUGUCCGGAGGCUCCAAACGCUACCAUUCCACCAGCAUCAAUUCAUAUACAUGCCAGUCACCAACGACUAGGGUCCUGUGCAAGCCGCCGCCGGCGACCAUCGAAAUUGUCCCGCCAAGUCAAGUGCCGGACUGCAACUCGAGUUUCUCCAUCAAAAAGGGGGCGACUUCCUCGGAUGAUAGUCUCUGUGUUAACGAAUGCUCCAUCGUGAUGCAGAGAACGUGCGCCAGCGCUGCUAACGUCUGGCUGUGUGUGGGGAAAACGCUACCAAAUUGCUUUGUUCCCAACAGAGCAAAAACAACCUGCGUCAUCGAGAGUAGUGUUGGGGCGUACCAAGCUUCGUUUCAAAGCUGUUCCUGCCCAAACGCGUCGAUGCCCUGUACGGAAGACGAGGUCGAAGUUACCAGAUAUGAGUGGGAGCAGACGUUUACACCCGAAGAAGCAUUCGUUGUCGUCGCUCCCCAAAAAGUUCUCGGACCGGGAAAAACAAUUCAGCCCGACUACGGCAUGGCGGGCGAACCUGGAUGUGGUAGCUCGCGGUACAAGCGGGUCUUCUGUCGUGGCGCUUCCGGGAAGACCGGUGUCACGCGAUACGACGAAACGGCAGACUGCGAAAAUGCGACAUCUCUGGAUAGCGCGGUGAUCUCGGACUCCGAGUGCCACUACGCGUGCAGCAUUGUGAUUAAAAAGUGCAAGGCUACCAUUAAGAAGAACCCCGAUGCAUACGAAAGCGAAUAUGCGUGUUAUACUGAUCGACUGGAAAACAUCCCAAAGUUGAGCUCGUGUUUGAUAGAAAGCAAACUGGUUGACCCAGAAACUGGAGUCGGGAGCUUGGAGGCAGGUUACCUUGUCGUGACGCAGCAGUGGACAUCGGUCUCGUUCAAAAAAGAGAUUGAAAAUGCCGUCGUUGUCACUAGUCUGCCGUCAACGACGAACGCUCCCUCAUUCAUCCAGAUCAAGGAUGUAACAUCAACCGGUUUCAAAAUUCGGAUGAAGAACGACUUUUGCUCCGUUGGCUUAGCGUCGCCGUACACCACUGUUGGGUGGCUAGCAUCGGGCCAGGGAGUGUUUGUCGUCAGUGGGGCCAAGAGAUACGUUCGGGUCGGCACGACAAUUGCUUCCUUGAAUCAAACUACUACGAUUCGGUAUCUCCCCCGUAUGAAUUCUGCAACGCCAUUGGUACUCUUGCAGCAUCAGGACUCAGGACGUACCUCCGGGGACUACAUUGUUGCAGCGAAUCUAAUGGCUUCCUCUAGUUCAGAAGCGACGUUUCAGCUGACAACUGUUGGACCCGGCGAGCCCGAAGACCCGCUUAAGGUCGGAUACAUGGUGUUUGAUGAGAUCGACCAGGACUACUGCAGCCUCAGUUGCCAGCUCAAUGGCAUAGCUCUGCAGACAGUGUAUGAGAACAUCAGUGGGGGGUGGACAUUCGAAAGCACGGAUAGCGUGGUACUCGCCGGUCACACCGUUGUCUACGGGGCUGUCGUGGACCCUUCCCACAGCAAACCCGUGCUUAUCUCCAGGAGUGAGGUCUCCUGGUUCCCAGGGAGCGACAUCAGAUCUGAAGGCGGCGUGGUGUUGGAUUGGGGUUACGUCGUCCCGGGUGGCAAGGACACUCAGACGCCAAUCUCUUCACGGGCCGCUCAAAACGCAGGCUCACAGAGUUCCAGGUCCGCGGAGAAUUCAGGUGGCGAUAUGGGCGGGUCCGCCCUCGGGUCAUUGAUGCAAAUGUCGCAAAAGGAGUCGCCGGCGCUAGCUUUGUUCAGCAAUACACGCUCAGGGUGGUACCCUGCCAUCGAUAUUAUUAACAACUCAAGAUGCACCACAGGUUCCGUUUCCAGGACAAACCGUUUUCCGAACGGCAGUGCGCAGAACCCCAGCAAAAAGGUGGCCCUCCUCUAUGUGUCAAGCGGCACGAGUGAACUGUCGUCUUCCAACCUACCAUCUUACGGAGUAGACUGCGCAUCUGCAUCAGGCAAAGCAGGUAGCGCGACCACCGCGUGCAUUAAGGCAUGCCAGACAACGGAGGAGGCCUGCACAGAGGCCGACGAAAAAGCGUGGCCGUGUUUCUUCCGACAGUUCCCGUUAGAGCAAAAGAGGAGCUGUCAAAUCACAGCUGUUGCUUCGGACGCGGUCGCAACAAGUACCUCAACGCCGCCGCCAGUUGACCACGCUGAGCGGUGUGUGCUCGUAGAUAUGCGUGAGGAGGCGUACUCGGCGGACAGAGGCUGGGACCCCAAUACAAUGACCUGCAAAUGCCCCAACGGAGCCCCCGCCUGCUCUGCAGAACAGGCCACGUAUAAUCUGGUUAACCAUAGUUCGGUUGUCCUUAACCAAGGAACCGUCUGUGCGUCAGCCGCAGAAGCGGUAUUUGGCAUUGCACGCCAGUUCAAGCGGACGACCGCUGACUUAUGCGGCGACCUGACGAAUGUGUCAACUUCGAGUUGGGAACAGCUGCCCUUUCCCCCUUACAUGGCGGAUGACGUCAAUGUGGAUGAUGAGGUCCUACGAAGCGGCUACUAUCUGUGCUCCAAAACAUACAACUAUGUGUUCUGCCCCAGUUCCUUGAUCACUACGACGACGACUACUCCCGCACCUAAAUGGGACUGGCCAGCGGAUCGGGAUUGUGUGCCAGGGGAAUGGACAAGCUGGAGCAAGUGCUCAAUGGACUGUUACCCAGGAAGUGGCACGCUUCCGACAAAGUCGAGGACCCGACCUGUACUCCUUGCACGACGUGGGACAGGGGCGCCGUGUGCACUAGAGGAGCAGGACAUAUGUAACAUAGGUUCUGAGGUACCGUACUGCGAAGACCUAUGCUGGAUCACCGAAUGGGGAGACUGGAGCGGCUGCGAACAGAAGGUGCUGCAGAUUGGGCACUCGCCAGUUCGAGCUCGCACAAAGCUUCGGCACAUCUUUAUGGGCACAGCGGGCGUGUGUGGGUCCGAGACGCACGUCAAGUACGACUACUCCGGUUGCACCACCGCGAGGGCGCGCGAUUGUACGGACAGCAAGCCUGCGUGUGUCCUGGACAUCGAACCGGAAAACACCCUGCGGCCCCCAGUCUGCUUCUUGAGUCGGACGCGCCAAGUGGAUGCGACCAAGCGGCUUUCUUACCUGGCGACCGACAAGGACAGUGGUCGUGGCUCCUGCAUGUGCGCAGCGACCAACAGCGUACCGUGCUCUCCAGAAGAAGUGGCGUUAUCGUUUGAUGACUGGUCUAAGCAGCUAACUUCGGAUGUGUGUCCCUUCGGUACACUGGGAGCGUUCUUCAACUCUCCUGACUCGACGGCCUCGGCCGAUUCUUUUGUCUACUUUGGCGCUGCCGACCUUGGGCGUGUGCACUGCCCUAUCUCGAAGAGUUCAGACUUGGGUGGCCACCUUCCUACCUUCGCCCAGUUCGAAAGUCCUGAGAGCAUGAACAGCUUCUGCGAAAACGGUCUGCCUUUCUGGAAGGAGACGCUGCAGCCUGUCGUUGACUGUCGCCAGGUGGUUGAGAAGCAGUCGACAACGAUGGACUGCCACGCGCAUUGCCAACAGGCCGUGGUCGGGUGCACGACGAACCAUGAAGCAUUAGACAAGUGCAUUGCUAGUGCCUUGUCGGAUCCAAAAUUCACGGCAAAUUGUGAACUUCGAUCCUCGGUUAAGCUCGGCAAGGGCUUGAUGUUCUGCAAGCAUAUUCGCACGGACUGCAAGUAUUCUGAAUGGUCUGAAUGGAGCGGCUGCAGCCUUACCUGCAGGACAGGAAGAAAUGACGAGGAGAGCAUUCGAAUCAGAGACCGCUCGCUUCUCGUCGCUGCGGAACAUGGUGGCCAUUGCGACGCCGACAUCGAAGAUUCUUAUGGGUGGAGCUUGAACGACGUCCAGGUGUGCGACUGGCUUCCUGAUUGCCCGGAUGCACCAGUAGAUGGAGACUCGUACGUUGUCAUGCCCAAGUCGGAGCCACAGGUGGGAGAGUGGAGUCCGACACGGACCACGACAACGACAGAAGAUCCGAGCAGUCACGAGGAUGAGGAUGGUAUUUUGUGCACCAUUGUAGACAUGGCCGACUUCUCCGAUUCUCACCGAGGUUAUGACCCAGAGACCGAGUCGUGCACAUGCCCGUACAACACGAAAAUGUGCAGUCGAACGGAAGCAGCCAACUCACGCGAUAACUGGGAAGAUCUCAUGGACACGAUUUGCAACAAAAAUAACCAAGUUGGGAUUUACCAUGCGGCGGGUGUAUACUCUUCCUUAACGUACGUGGUUCGGUUCCGUAUCUCAGGCCAGAUAUUGGCAAAGGGCAUGGAGGAAUUCACCUGCACCAACCGUGUAUUUCGGUCAUCCAAGAGCACAUUAAGUCAGACCCCUGAAGAACACUGCAAAAGCAGCGAUGCAACGUACCUCUUCUGCAAAGACGGUGCGAUUGACAGCGGACUCAUAUUCACUCAGCUGCUGAUGGCGUUUUUCACGGGCGUCGUCCUGGCAUUUGCCGUUGUCUACUGGGCGAUUCAGUACAGUGGGGAUGUGCAGAAGGUGCUCGGUUUUACCGGUCGCUACGUGGAACUGUCGAACCUCUUGAACGAGGUAUCUGAAGCGGCAGCGGCUAAGGAGGAACAGGAAGGAAGGGCGGAUGGAGAAGACGACGAGGCGUUGUGUGAGGACGACGCAGAACCUGUAGAGAAAGUCGCGGGAGAAGAAGAAAUGGCUGGCAACGCAGAGGAGGAAGAAGAGAUGGAAGAGGACUCAGAAGGUGAUGCCUUGGACGAUGAGGAGGAUUCUUAUGAAGACGGCGACUACGACGAUUCGGAGGAGGAGUAG